AUGGCCCCAAAAGUUAAGAACUCAGACACUAUCAACCAGAAGCUGGCCCUGACCAUCAAGUCAGGAAAGUACACCUUGGGAUUCAAGUCCACCGUCAAGGCUAUCAGACAGGGUAAGGCCAAGUUGAUUAUUAUCUCUUCCAACACCCCAGUCUUGAGAAAGUCCGAGUUGGAGUACUACGCCAUGUUGUCCAAGACCAACAUCUACUACUUCCAAGGUGGUAACAACGAGUUAGGAACUGCUUGUGGUAAGCUCUUCAGAGUUGGUACCCUGGCUAUUCUUGAUGCUGGUGACUCUGACCUGCUUUCCGUUGUUGGAAACUAA